GAGCAUCCUCAGUUGGUACAGCUGAGCUCACUGUGCUUUGCUUGACUGUGGGGACUAGGAGCCGAAAAUCAGUGAAGCAAGUGGCUUCAAGAGGCGCUGUGUGACACAUGCGGAGCGGUCCUCACACACCACGCACGACGUUAGGAGUUCCCUCUCCUCCACCGUGAAAACGCCCCUCUGCUCUCCUCUCUCGUAGCCCUUCCCCGACCGUGAGCCGGAUCCCUGCCGCCUCGUGCCUGUCUGCCGUCCCCGCCUGCAGGGCUGCAUCUUCAGCGGCAGAGCUAACGGCGCUCCGGGGCGGUGGCGGCGUCCAUCCUCAAUGAUCAGAAUCCGGACUGGAGCUUGACACCCGGACCUGACAGGACAGGACUGCCAUCCAUUUCUAUGACAACAGAGAAGGCUUUGGCUGAGGAGAUGAGGAGCGCAAUGGAGGGUGACGCCAGGAGAACCAAUCAGGUUCCAGAGGACCAUGGGGAUGCAGAUGAUAGCUCAGAGAAGACCCCCAGCAAAGCCUCCAGAUCCCCUCAGAAAACCAACAAGAGGCCAAAGACCGUCCCUGUCAAAGUCACACUGCUUGACGGCACAGACUACGAGACUGCAGUCGAGAAAUUUGCCAGGGGCCAGACCCUGCUGGACAUGGUGUGUGGCCAUCUGAACCUGCUGGAGAGGGACUACUUUGGCUUGACUUUCCAAGACACGGACAACUCCAAGAACUGGUUGGAUCCUUCCAAAGAGAUUAAGAAGCAGAUCCGGGUUGGCUCGUGGAUCCUUGGAUUUUCUGUCAAGUUCUACCCUCCAGACCCGUCAGUGCUCAUUGAAGACAUCACCAGGUACUACCUUUGUCUGCAGCUGAGGGACGACAUCCUGUCUGGUCGUCUGCCCUGCUCCUUUGUAACCCAUGCCCUCCUUGGCUCCUACACGGUCCAGGCCGAGAUAGGAGACUUUGAGCCGGAGGAGCACGGGCCUGACUACGUCAAUGACUUCCGCUUUGCACCAAACCAGACCCGUGAACUGGAGGAGAGAGUGAUGGAGCUGCAUCGUAACUACAGGGGAAUGAGUCCAGCGGACGCAGAGGUGAAUUUUCUAGAAAAUGCAAAGAAGCUCUCGAUGUAUGGAGUGGACUUGCAUCAUGCUAAGGAUUCAGAGGGAAUUGACAUCAUGCUUGGUGUGAGCGCCAACGGUCUGCUCAUCUACCGAGACCGCCUGAGGAUCAACCGCUUUGCCUGGCCAAAAAUCCUCAAGAUCUCCUACAAGAGGAGCAACUUCUACAUCAAGAUCCGCCCGGGAGAGUAUGAACAGUUUGAGAGCACCAUAGGCUUCAAGCUGCCCAACCACCGGGCAUCGAAGCGAUUGUGGAAGGUCUGCAUUGAGCACCACACCUUCUUCAGGUUGGUUUCCCCAGAGCCUCCUCCCAAGGGGUUCCUGGUGAUUGGCUCCAAGUUCCGCUACAGUGGGCGGACCCAGGCUCAGACCAGACAGGCGAGCGCUUUGAUUGACAGGCCUGCACCGCAGUUUGAACGCUCUGUUAGCAAGAGGUACCUGCUGCCCAGAAGUAUUGAUGGAGCCUCAGCUCUAGGUGACAGUAUGGACCAGCUCUCCCAGCGGAGCUCCAGCGAGCGCACGCAGUUCAUGUCCAGAGAAGACCUGGACCAAGAAGGCAGUCUGGAUCUAGACCAUGAUCACUACCACUAUCAGGAUCAAGACCAGGAUCAGUUCACAGAUCAGGAACUGGAUCUGCAAGACGGUCAAGACCCAGAACCAGUUCAGAAGCCUCCUCGGGGUGCCAGGAUGUCAACGCCUACCAGGUCUUUGGAGCUGAAGGCUGAGGAGGCAGGCUCGCCGAUAGACUCAAAACCAGAGGAUGUGGCCACCCCUCGGCCCAAACAGGAGCAGUUCCUGGAUAAGCCCGAAGAUGUUCUGCAAAAGCACCAGGCCAGCAUCAAUGAGCUGAAGAGAGCUCUGAGGCAGCCUAACAGCAAGAUGGCCCAGAGGGAGAAACGCCUCUCCUCCAAUACUUCUCCAGGGGGAACCCCCGAGCGCAAACCAGCGACUGGUGAUGGCAAAUUGAUUGACAAGCAGGAUGCUUAUGAGGGAGCGCUGGAUAUUUACGCUAAUACGGAAAAGUGUAAGACCUCUCCUGCCGGUAGAGAAAUGUUCUCUGUGACACCUUGGACUGAUACAAAUGUGAGCAGGGACUCCUUAAAACCAAGACCCGCAACGUCACCGAAACCAGAAAAAGACUUCACAACUUCAGGGAACAAUACAGUAACCAACGGACAUCACUAUGAUUCCGUAUUAGCAAGGAAUACUGUUCAACAAAAUGGACUUGGAUCUCCAUCUGACAAAGACAGGAGGGCUGCGAUAUACAGAGACAUGAGGCAGAGUCAGUACGAGCACGACAUCCAUCGAGACAGACUAAAGAACUUUGAGGCUGCAAUGGAUCUGGAUUCUCUCCCAAUGGGCAAAGAGGGGAGAAGUGAGAGUGAUGUGAGGCAUUGUGAGACCCUGACCAUGAAAGACCUGAGCCCCAUCGGAACAAAAGAUUGCAACAAAACACAAAACUUGCACUCAGAAGUCACCAAAAUAGUUCCUCUCAAGCCACAGAGAUCAAAGAAGUCUUUGAGUAAGGAGACCAAAGGUGUUAACCCUCAAACUCAAAGCUGGUCUGAUAGUGCUGUCUUUGGUGCAACCGGGGACGCACAGAUGACAGAAUCAAAAGACAGAUCUUAUGAGGCAGGAAGAAGAGUGGAUGAUUAUACUGUACUGCAGUCUGCCACAGAUGUUGUCAAGGAAAACACAGGGGCUGCGAAAUACCAGACUGAAGCUGCAGUGUCACAUCCUCAGCAAAUUCUUCUUCAUCAACAGAUUAAGGAGGAGCUGCUCGGACAACAGGAGAUCAGUUACAGCAGAGGUACAAUGGGACACAGUCAGUGGAUGGAUCAUUUUCAAAACAACUCAGACUUUAAAGAAAAUAUUUCCUCUGGCUCCAAAUUUCCUACAGCUCCUCCUCGAAGUCUUCCUCUUAAAACACAGUGGUCCCGAGACAGACAAAGCAACAUGGACAACAGCCACAUCCACUACCGGACCGCCAGCCAAGAAACAGCCAACAAGAGGAAGCAAGCGGAGACACCUCCCACACCUGCUAUUCAUGAGGAGCCUCUCAACGAAGCUUCAAGGGAACCUUGGGAGAGACGUCUGGGCUCUGUCUCAGAGGACGACCAGGACCACGAGAUCCUGUACCUGAAAGAAACUCACCUGGGCAUUGAGCGCAAAUGUUCCAGCAUCACGGUGAGCUCCACAUCCAGCUUGGAGGCUGAAGUGGAUUUCACCGUUCUCACGGACCUGCAAACAGGCAUGGAGGAGUUCUCCAGAGGCAUGACCGAGCUGGGAGACAGAGAUAUGUCACCUGAUGGAGGUCUGUGCUUCGGCAUUGACUUUCUCCAGCAGCAGCAGCAACAAGGUCCCCCUGAGCCGCCACCUCCACUUUUUUCAGCUCCCCUGUCUAGAGGAGCCAGCAGCAGCCCUCCAGCCAAACACAUCCAGGCUGAAGAAGUCCGACAGGAGGUCAAACGACCUGAUGUACAGCCGGUUGUGCCGAAAAAACCAAAGAGGUCAGUCCCAGUGUCUUCAUCAGUGGACAGAGAGCAGCCGUACAGAGAAGUCAGCCGCGUCUCUGCCGCUACACCCCUGAGCAGAGAGGCCAGCGAUGUAAUGCCCACGCCGGCAGUGAGGAAGACAGAUGUCCGGACGGAGACCCAGCCCAAUGGGUCAGAGGUCACCACAACCAUCGUUGAGUUCACCGAUCAGGAUCAUGGCAUCAGCAGUCUAAGUGAAGUUUCCUACUCUACGAGGCAGAGUGUUUCCCCUGUGCACAUGAGCAGCCUUGGAAGAGAAGCAUCAGGGUCUCCAAUCCUUGUCACUGAAAAUGUUACCUCGGCAACCACUCACGUCAGCAAGACAGUGAAAGGAGGAUACUCAGAGACCAGGAUCGAGAAGAGGAUCAUUAUCACAGGAGACGAUGAUGUAGACCAGGAACAGGCUCUGGCUAUAGCAAUCCAGGAAGCCAGGCAGCAGCAUCCUGACAUGCAGGUGACCAAGGCAGUGGUUGUCAGGGAAACAGAAUCAUCCACAGAGGAUCGACACGGUCCAUCAGAGUUGUAAUUUCCUGAGACCAGAGCGCCCUCCUGUGGACCUGAAAUGUCAGUGCACGAUGUGAAAUUGCGCCCCAUCAUCCCGACUGAAAAACUCCUGCCUCUGGCACUCAAAUGGAGCCUUUUAUUCAUAUUCACACACACAUAAAGCUGAAACGAGACUCCUGUGACAUUCUUGUUUUUAUUCCAUCGUUUUACUUUUGAAAUGAUAAAUGUGCAGCAGGUGGUUUGAUGGUCAUGAAGCUGACUAAGAAAAGCCUUGUUUUGUGGACAGUAUGCCUCUAAGAAUCCAAAUAUCUGGACAAAUUAAGGACAUAAUGCAACAAGAUUCCCUGCAAACAUCUCAGGGCCUCAAUAUUUAAUCUAGUUGCUCUAGUAUUCCUCAAAUAUUCAAAGGGAAACAGUGCUGCAGGGGUUUGUUUAGAUAAUCUGCAUAAACUAACACUGUGGAUUAAUCCAUAGACCAUGGAAAAAAAGUGCCAUGUUGCUAUAUGUGAAAAAUAUGAGGAAAAAAAGGUCCUGCUCACUGUCUACAUGUCUGCCCUGCUGUUCUGAAGAUCAAGAGUUAAUCUGAUGCCUGCUGGAAAUCCUGCUGUGCUUGUUAAUAAGUAAACUAAUCCAUUACAUGUAGCUCUGGUGCUGUUAAACUAUCCAGUGAAGCAGGGUUCAUUGAGAGCGGAGAGAAUCCUGCUUUAAGUUUUCACUCUCGCAUAGGCAGCCACAUGAACAAAUGAGCUUUGCCCCGCCCCCUGUCACACUGACGGAUGAUGAUGCAGUGAAGAGGAAGGUGUAGCGAUGAAGGUCCUCUGGUGGUGUUUAUUCAAUUGUUCAUUAUUAACAGCCAAAGUGGGAGCUCAUCUGUUUACUGUACUUCCCUCUGUUUCUCUGAUUUUACCUCUGAAAAUGUAUUUUAUCAAUGUGUGUGAGUGCGGCGUGAAUGACGGAAUGAUCAGAGUUAAUGUAUCACGAAGGUCAUUGAUUUGACUUUUUGAGACUUUCUGUGUACGUGUCAGGACAUUAGGAGUUUUUUGAUACACACAGUGUACUUGUUAUAUUUAUUCAAAUGGUGGAGAUGUAGUUUCUGAGCAUGCAGAUGUUUCAGAAUGAGCCCAGUGUCUCUACUUUCGCAGCCUUUAGAUAUGCUUUCAGAAUUCUGCUGGGUAUUAAAAAACACUUUGGCUAUAUUGUGUAGUAAGCACAUAGAGUAGGCUAAGUCCCUUGUUCAAGACACACAACUGGCUGCAGUAGUCUUUGAGAUAAUGUCUGCAUGGUAAUUUCUUGCGUUACUGGAUUGUAAUUGAGUUAUAAGACGGCACACAAAGAUGUGAAGGCCUGGAUGUUUGUAGUCUGUCAAAUCAGAGCUCGGACAUGGAAAAAAAUAUAUAAUAAUGAAAGCUCCAAGAAAUGUGGAGCUUUCAUCUGAAGAACUGGGAAGAAUUGUGCGUUGAUAAUCCCAAGAUCCAAUGGCAGCAGCGUACAGAUUCUUCCUUUAGCUAUCUCAAGUCAAGACACUCUCAUUCUACAUAUCAGUUUGCUUCUGAUUUAAUUUCCCAGAUGAGAAACAUGGUAGACCUACAUUCAGUAACAGUUUAAAAAGCCAACACAUUCUCUUCAUCUGCAGAAAUGGUAUUAUGCAUCUCAGCCUGUUCAAAUACUCUUUCAACUAAAUAUCGGUGUUUUAAAUAAACUUUACCGUAGGAGCAGCA